CCGACCGAGCGAGCACCAAAAACCACAACAAUCUGCCAACCCCAGCAAAGAAAAGCGUCCGAAAUGCAGCGGCCGCCGCCCCCGCGGAGGCGGUCGCGCAUCCCCACGCGGCAGCGCGGCUCCCUCGGCGACCUACGGGCCUCGGGGGCCCCCCCGGGGGCCCAGGGGGCUUCGAUGGCCGCCCUCUCGCACGACUCGGGCAUCUCGCGCUCCGUCAGCCUCGCGUCCCUCGCCUCCACGGCCCCCAACCGAGCCGGCCCCGCCACCGUCCCCCAGCGGAAACAGGCCCCCGCCGGAAGAAACUCCCCCCGCAAACUCCUCGACGAGCCCCUCGACCCGCACCAACAUUGCAAAAUUGCCCUUGACCUUUACAAGAGCGAGAACGAAGCCCUGAAGAGAGAACUGACCAAGACAAAAAUGGAAAUGGACACCCUGCGGAUGGAGUUUGGCGCGCACAGCAGGCGGGUGGUGCUGCCGUCCGCCCCCGCCGAAGACCCCCUGCUCAACAUCCAGCCGCUCAAACUGCACUUCAUCCGGUCGCACUCCUGCGAAGGUCUUCUUGAAAGGGACGCGUCCGAAGACGAGUCCGAAAUCAACGACUACGACCAAAGCCUCAUCGAAUUUUGGACCAAACGGAACGAGGAGCCCGUCCAAGCCACUGCUGUCCCUGAAGGGAAAAGGGCCUCCUCGGUUCCAUCAGAAGUGUGGACCUUGGAGAAUAAAUCUGAAAGCAUGAUCUCAAGCCGGCGGACGUCGACGCCCAUCAGUGGCCCUUGUCUGCAGGACCUGCCCACCGAGGACUCGCUGUCCAAGGUGCAGCGCUGGACGGCCAAGCAGACAAAUGGCGGGGAGGAGGGAAGAAUGGCGCCGCCUCCCCUCCAGUGGCAGCCGUGUCGCAACCCCAAGGCCAGGCCGACCAAACUUGACCUGGCCAGGGCGGACGCCAGUCAGGGUCAGAUGGUCAAGCGGCUGGAGUCGAGGGCGGCCAUCUCGCUGCUCUCCCCGCGCCCCUUCAGCGCCGCCCCCACCUUCGUGCCGCCCCUUGACCUCUCCAAGAUCAGGCAUGGCAACUCUUCGUACUCCCAGGACAGCCAAAACCAGCCGCUCUUGACGAUGCCGGCGAACACUUCACACAAGUUUCUGGUGAACGCGCAAAGCAGCGCCGCCCAGAGCAGGGCGAUCCUACGAAGGCUGCAGGAGCGCAAAUGAAGCAACUAAAGUCUACCUCAAAACGCUGCCUUAACUCGACUUGGACGCAAUGUGAUCAGGAAACUCGCUGGUGUCAAGCCAGGAGUAGUGAGAGAGAAGAAGUCCUUUACCAUUUUAAUACGACACUGAAUUAAUUUACUUUGAAUAAGUCAAACACUUUUGUAUCCAACAAGCUAUAUUUAGAGCAAUUAAAUAGAGAUUUAUUAAUAAAAUAAG